UACCAUGUAUCAUUCAUCUUUUUCUUCUAUUUCUAAAUUUCUGUGUAUUUGUAAUCGAUCAGUACAAUGAACAGGCGUAUUGUAACGUUUGUGAUACAUUUUCUUUGGCAGCCACACACGCUCCUCAAAAAUUAUCAACUAAAUGCAAAUUUUGUGUCUAAGCUUGCGUUUAAAUAUAUUUUUUAAUAUAUUUUCUUGAUGCUACUAAUGAAAAAGGUUAAAUAACCUAAUUGAUUUAUCAUAAAAUAUAUAAUUUUUUAAUAUGCCAAAUGCAUGGACUGAGGAUGACACUGAGAAAUUAAUAGCACUUUAUGGACAAUAUCAAUGCUUGUGGAACCGAUUCCAUCCCGAGUUCAAUAACAAAUCAUUGCGUUACGAAGCGUACAAGGAGAUAAAAGACUCGAUUAAUAUUCCUGGGUUAACAAUAUGUGCUUGCAUUAAGAGGAUCGCGAAAGUAAAGAAGGAGUACUGUUAUGAGCUAUCAAAAAUCGCUGCGGCUAUAUGCUGCGAAAAAUUAUACGCGCCAAAAGUGAAAUGGUUUAAGAGAAUGCAUGUGCUCUUCUUUCCGUACAUGCCAAUAUCUCAUUAUAAUAAUUUCAAAAAGCAAGAUAACACCUAUCAAAAAUUCGAUGAUAGCAGUAUUCAAAAUAAAUUUUUACAUUCAUCUUUCGAGGAGUCAAAGAGCAAACAGAUUUGCUCCAAUAAUACCUGCGGAACGUGUGAUCUCCAAGAGAUCGAGUUGUGCUUGAAAUUGAGAGAUACCGCUCAUUCUGCUCCGAAAUUGCAAGAUACUCUCGUCCCUUCUGCAAGAUCAAUCCAAAUGGUUGAUGUAGCGACAGAAACGAGUAAUGGUAUUAUCGUAGAACACGAAACGCAUACGGAUUUGCUUCAUGAGCGAAAAUACGUCGCAGGUGACAAUAAAGGGAAAAAGGAUCGUUCUACGUGUACAGAUGAUAUUCCUACAGAAGUGUAUGGCAGAAGAAACAUUGAUAACUUUGAUAUAUUCGGGAAGAGCAUAGCGUUCCAAUUGCGGACUAUUGAUAUUCACACUGCUGUGGAAUUGGAAAAGGAAAUACAAAAUUUGAUGACAAAAGCGCGAUUAAAAAUCUUAGAAUCUAAGCUAACGUGUCAAAGUAGCAGCUCAAUUUGCUGUUGUGAUUGUAAUGAUGACUGUCAAGUAAUGUGUAAAGAUGAAACUUGUAGCUGUGGUCUAACAUUAAAGGAAUGUUUAUUACUUGCUAAAAUUAAAGAAAAUAUGGAUUAUGGAUUUUGUUACAAAUAAUAGGCGAAAGAAGGAAAGAAAUCUUAGCAAUAUUGAAAUACUAACGCGUGUUUGCAAUCAAUCUUUUUAAGUUUAUAAUUUAAAACUAGGUUUAUAUAUGAGAGUGAUAUAUAUAUUGAUAGAAAAUAAAUUUUCUAGU